CGCUGGGCCGAACGCCGCCAUGACCCCGCUUUCUCCCCGUACCUGGCAGGACUCGUCGGCACCAGGAAACUCGACCCGGAACUUCCGGGAUCGGCCCCUACACCGCACGGCACGUCGGGAGGAGGAGCAUCCACUCCCACAAUGCCUGGGACCCGCGCCAGCCACAGUUGCCAGAUCACAAUUCCCAGAAUGCAAUGCGUAUUACGUGCGCCUCGUACACCCGAGCGUGCGCUCCUGGAGGUUCCGGGGCGGAUGGGAUUUACUUCCGGCAGCAGAUGGCGGGGCCAUGGCUGCCCUCCUCCGAGCUGUGCUGAGGUUGCGGGGGCAAGGGCCAGCUGUGUGGGGAAGGCCUCGUCAUGGGCUGUGGUGCUGCAGUGGGCAGGAGCAUCACAAGAGGUGGGUGGGGAGCACGUCACCUACCUCGAAGGAGAAACCACCAGGCACAGAGACUGAGAAAUUCCAAAUGGUCUACCGUUUUGAUGCCAUAAGGUCCUUUGGGUAUGUGUCUCGUCUGAAGGUGGCACAGACUGCCCUGACAGUGGUGGCCUUGCCGCCAGGCUUCUACUGGUACUCCCAGGGUGUCUUGACUUUCAACUCCCUGUGCCUCAUGAGUGGGAUAGCCGGCUUUGCCCUGGUCAUGCUGUGUUGGAUGAGCUAUUUCUUCCAGAGACUGGUGGGCCUCCUGUACGUGAAUGAGUCUGGCACUGUGCUACGGGUGGCUCACCUGACCUUCUGGGGCUGGCGGCAGGAUACAUACUGUCCCGUGGCAGAUGUGAUACCCCUGACGGAAACCGGGGACCGGCCCCAGGAAGUGUUCAUGCGUAUCAAGCAGUAUAGUGGGAAGAAGACCUUCUACCUCACCCUGCGCUAUGGACGGAUCCUGGACAGAGAGCGUUUCACACAGGUGUUUGGGAUGCUGGACAGGUGCAGGUGAACAACUGGCAGCCAGGCCUCUGGGUGGAUCUGGGCUACUGGAUCUCUUACAGGAAGGCCAAGAGUAUGGGCAAGGCUGAAGAAGGGGAUCGAGUUCCUGGAGAGUUUGCCCCUAGGAACUUGUCUUUAGGCACGAAGCAAUUCAUGAGGCAGAAGCUGGUAACCAGGUUUAGGGAAAAGACUCUUUGUGCAAAUUCUUACAGCACUUGUGUAUGACAGUCAGAUAAUGCCGGAAGUUUCUGUUCAGAGCCAGUUCUUGGAGAAAGUUGUGCCAAGGUUACCCAGACUGUCCACUGCUGUGAAAUUGGAAGAUGGAACUGUGGGAGAGGGAGCAUGGGAUUUGGAGUCAGAGGCUUGGGUUCUGUCAAUGCUCAGCUCCCUGUCCUGGGGCAGGUUAUUGAGUCUCGCUGAACCUUGGUUUUCACAUCUGUAAAAUGGAAAGUCCUGCCUGUCUCAUGGAAUGGGUGUGAGAAUAAACAAUAAAUGUCAAGUAUUUUGCAAGCUCAGCAGCCCAGAGCAAAUAUGAAGCAUUUGGUCAGAGGCUUUGGUGUGGUAAAAGGUUUCUAGGUAGUCCAUAGGCAUUUCCAGAGCCCUGUGCUGUGCCCCCUCCUAUAUCCAGCAGCAGAAGGGAUGGAAUUGAAGCUGAGAGUGGGGGCCAUUUCAUCCUGCCAGGAUGGUAACUGCACACGGACAUGGGCAGAAAUGUCAUCCAAGUGAGCACAACACCCAGCAGAGAUUUUUGUUCACCACCCAGAGGUCUAGGGGCUGUCAGUUUGGAAGGCUUUGCAGUGCAGUAAAGCCAGAUCGGGAGACUGAAGCCUGAAGAUUGCUUGAGCUCAGAAGUUCCAGCCUGGGUGGCAGAGCGAGACUUUGUCUUUAAAAAUAAAUAAAUAAAGCCAGAUGGACUGUAUGCUGGUGCUUUAUUUUAUAAACUAAAGCCAGUUAUGUGCAGUGCCCGCUAUAAUUAAUAAUAUAUGUUAAUUAUGUGAUUUGUAAAAGUGAAGAGGAAGGAAGGUAUGAUCUUUAUUAUUUUGCCACUCAAAAGUCAAUAACUAAAUGUUUUAUUGUGUAGCCUUCCAGUUUUUUUUUAAUUGUAAUAAAAUAUACAUAACAAGUUUAUCCUUUUAAUCAUUUUUAAGUGUACAGUUCAGGGACAUUAAGUACAUUUAUAAUGUUGUACUACCAUCACCCCUAUGCAUUUCCAGAACUUUUUCAUCAUGCCAAACAGAACCUCUGUGCCCAUUAGACAGUAAUUGACCCCCUCCCCCUAGCCCUUGGCAACUACUAAUAUACUUUCUGUCUCUCUGGAUUUGCCUAUUCUGGAUAUUUCAUGUAAACAGGAUCAUACAGUGUGUGUCCUUUUGUCGUGGCUUCUUUCACAUGGCAUGAUGUUUUCAAGGUGCAUCCGCAUUACAGCAUGGCUCAGUGCUUCAUUGCUUUUUUGUGGUUGAAUGAUAUUGUAUGUAUAUACCACAUUUUGUUAUCCAUUCAUCUGUUGAUGGACAUUUGGGUUCUUUCCAUCUUUUGGCUGU